UUACGUAAUGUCUAAACAAUACAAACAAACUGAAGAGUAUAUUGAUGUAGACGAUGAAAUUCAAAAUACUGCUCAACAAACUGGUUAUUCCUGGGAGGAAGAAUAUAAACGCAGUUGGGAUGUGCUACAGGAAGACGAGGAUGGCAGUUUGAAACGAACUGUUGAAAAUCUUCAGCAUCGUAUGAAGAGAAAAAAACUUUUUCGAGAUACAUCAACUAUUCGACGUGGGAUAAUAAGACAUAUGUUUUUGAUAAUAGAUCUUUCAGAAGCAAUGAUGGAGAAAGAUCUUCGCCCAUCUCGACUAGAACUAACUCUUUCAUAUGCCGAGCAAUUUAUUUUAGAAUAUUUUGAUCAGAAUCCAAUUUCUCAACUUGGUAUAAUUGUAACAAAGGGUGGCAUUGCGGAAAAACUUACCGAUCUGACUGGUAAUCCAAUGGAUAAUAUACGAGUUUUAAAAAACAAGAAAAAUACAGAUACUGAUGGGGAACCGUCUUUACAGAAUUCUUUACAGAUGGCAAGAUCAACUUUGAUUCAUGUUCCAGCUCAUGGAUCGCGAGAAAUGCUGAUAAUUAUGGGAUCUCUUACAACUUGCGAUCCGGGUGACAUAUACGAUACGAUAGAUAGUUUAGUAAGUGAAAACAUUCGUGUCUCAGUAGUUGGGUUAGCUGCUGAGGUACAGAUAUGUAAACUCAUGUGUAAAAAAACAAAAGGUACAUAUGGAGUGGUUCUAAAUGAGGCACAUUUCAAAGAUUUGUUGUUUGAAAUUAUACCACCACCACCAGUUUCUGCUGCUCAAAACAAAGCCGAAUUAGUUAUAAUGGGAUUUCCAAGCAGCGUUACUGAUUCAAUGCCUUCACUUUGUGCAUGUCAUUCAAAACCUACAACUAGCGGUUACAUUUGUGCUCGAUGUAAUUCAAAGAUUUGUGAUUUGCCAACGGAUUGUCCAGUGUGUGAACUUACACUUGUGUCAAGUCCACACUUGGCAAGAUCGUAUCAUCAUUUGUUUCCUAUAGAUAAUUUUGUAGAAGUACCGUGGAAUAGUGCAUUUGCAACACAUUGUUUCUCAUGUCAAAUGCCUUUUCCAAAUCCAACGUCAACCUCAUUAGGAGCGCGUGUUGCUCCUGAUACAAGUGGACGAUAUAAGUGUAAUAAAUGCAAUCAAUAUUUUUGUAUUGACUGUGAUGUUUUCGUUCAUGAAGUUAUUCACAAUUGUCCAGGAUGUCUGGCAACUACUUCAAGUCAUUAAUUAAUAAAUACCAACCGCCUUU